GACGCCAUCGCCGCGGGCCGGAAGUGGGGACGUGAGGCACCGAAAGCGGGAGGGGCGCGAGCGGACCUGAGGGAUGUCUCUGGCGGACGAGCUGCUGGCUGACCUGGAGGAGGCGGCGGAGGAGGAGGACAACUUUGUGGAUGAGGAAGAUGAACCGGCUAUCGAGGAUGUGCAGGAGGAGAUGCAGCUGGACCUCAGCGUUGACUCGGUCAAGAGCAUUGCCAAGCUCUGGGACAGCAAGAUGUUUGCGGAGAUCAUGGUGAAGAUCGAGGAGUAUAUCAGCAAACAGUCGAAAGCCACAGAAGUGAUGGGACCGGUGGAGGCAGCUCCGGAGUACCGAGUGAUCGUCGAUGCCAACAACCUGACGGUGGAGAUCGAAAACGAACUGAACAUCAUCCACAAAUUCAUCCGGGAUAAAUACUCCAAGCGAUUCCCCGAGCUGGAGUCCCUGGUUCCCAAUGCCCUGGAUUACAUCCGCACGGUCAAGGAGCUGGGUAACAGCCUGGACAAGUGCAAGAACAACGAGAACGUGCAGCAGAUCCUGACUAACGCCACCAUCAUGGUGGUGAGCGUCACGGCCUCCACCACGCAAGGGCAGCAGCUGACGGAGGAGGAGCUGGAACGCAUCGAGGAAGCCUGCGACAUGGCCCUGGAGCUCAACCAAUCAAAGCAUCGCAUCUACGAGUACGUGGAGUCCCGCAUGUCCUUCAUCGCCCCCAACCUGUCCAUCAUAGUCGGUGCCUCCACUGCUGCCAAGAUCAUGGGCAUCGCUGGCGGCCUCACCAACCUCUCCAAGAUGCCGGCCUGUAACAUCAUGCUCCUGGGAGCCCAGCGCAAGACCCUGUCCGGCUUCUCCAGCACCUCGGUGCUGCCCCACACGGGGUACAUCUACCACAGCGACAUCGUGCAGUCGCUGCCCCCGGACCUGCGGAGGAAGGCGGCUCGUCUUGUUGCUGCAAAGUGCACGCUGGCAGCUCGGGUUGACAGCUUUCAUGAGAGCCCAGAGGGGAAGGUGGGCUAUGACCUCAAGGAGGAGAUUGAACGGAAGUUUGACAAAUGGCAGGAGCCUCCCCCCGUGAAGCAGGUGAAGCCCCUGCCGGCCCCCCUGGAUGGCCAGAGAAAGAAACGAGGAGGCCGCAGGUAUCGGAAGAUGAAGGAGCGACUGGGGCUCACGGAGAUCCGGAAACAGGCCAACAGGAUGAGCUUCGGGGAGAUCGAGGAAGACGCCUACCAAGAGGACUUGGGCUUCAGCCUGGGCCACCUGGGCAAGUCGGGCAGCGGCCGGGUGCGGCAGACUCAGGUCAACGAGGCUACCAAAGCCAGGAUUUCCAAGACUUUACAGCGCACACUCCAGAAGCAGAGCAUGGUGUAUGGUGGGAAGUCAACAAUCCGGGACCGCUCCUCAGGCACGGCCUCCAGCGUGGCCUUCACUCCGCUCCAGGGGCUGGAGAUCGUUAACCCACAAGCGGCAGAGAAGAAGGUAGCGGAGGCCAACCAGAAAUACUUCUCCAGCAUGGCGGAGUUCCUGAAGGUGAAGAGCGAGAAAAGCGGCAUCAUGUCCAGCACAUGAGCUUCUUCCCCACAGACUCACUCCUGCCCCCUCGCCCAGAGCCUGGCUGUGCUGGGAAGCAGCGGAGAAAUUUGGGGGCUUUUGCUUUAGCUCCCUCGCUCAGCGGGACGUGGCCCUUUCACCUCCCAGCUGCGGAGAAGCUGGGCCGAGCCAACCUGCUGUCUCCUGAGCAUCUUUCUGUUCCCGGGGGGACCCACGCCUGAGCUCCACACAGGUUUGGGAGCUGUGUGUGUCUGGGGAGGGGAGUGAAUUGUGUGGGAACCCCUAGCCCUGUUCACUGUAUAAGGGGUGUGAGAGAGAGACCCCCCAUUACCUGUAUAAAUGAGUGGGAGUGUGCAGGAGAUGAAUGCAGAAUGGCUGGUACAGUGAUUUUCUCAGUGCUCGUGUUGAAAUCUCCCUUGGCUUGUGCCCAAGGCCAGAGGCAGGGAAUGGGCUGAUGAAAGCGGGGGGUGGAGGGACAUUUAUUGGGAGCAAACAUGUGGGCUGAAUCUGUCUUUUUAAUUUUGUUUUUGGAAGAAAUAUAACACUCGUUUCCAGCC